CCAGAUGCAGGCAGGAGGCCAGCAGCAGGGCAGGCGGCACUGGUGAACUCGCUCCCCUGCGCUGCUUGGCCGCGGGGGUGGGGCCGCGGCGCUUCCUUUCUGCUCAGGCAGUGAGAUAGACAGCCCCAGCGCUGGGGAGGGUAGGGAAGCCUGGAGAUGCGAAAUGGCGGCUUCCUUGUGGCUGAUCCGCGGCGGCAACGGGGUCGCGAGGCUGCUGCGGGGGGGCUGGUCAGCUCUGGGCGCUGGCACGUCUUUCCCCGCUCGAGGAGGCUGCAGGCGUGUGCACGGGACCCAAGAGCUGCUGGGUACACCUGGUAUUAAAGUUUUCAUGCCUGCACUUUCUCCUACAAUGGAAGAAGGAAACAUUGUAAAAUGGUUAAAAAAGGAAGGUGAAACAGUGAAUGCUGGAGAUGCGUUGUGUGAAAUUGAAACAGACAAAGCAGUGAUUACCAUGGAAUCCAGUGAUGAUGGCAUAUUGGCUAAAAUACUGGUGGAAGAAGGAAGCAAAAAUAUACGCUUGGGCUCACUAAUCUGUCUGCUAGUAGAGGAAGGGCAGGACUGGAAGAAAGUUGAAGUGCCAGCUGAUGGUGGUGAUCUGUCUUCUCUGGCUCCACCAGCACCUGCACUUACCUCAACUCCUGCAGGUCCUUCAGUUUCAACCCCUUGUAAACUGGAACAUCAUCCUGGAAAACUGCAGGUUCGCUUAAGUCCUGCAGCUCGCAACAUUCUAGAGACGCAUGGACUAGAUCCAAGCAAUAUUACACCUUCUGGGCCUCGAGGAAUCUUCACUAAAGAGGAUGCUCUCAAACUUCUGCAAGAGAAGCAGAAGAGCAAACCCAGUGAAUUGAAACCUGUGGCUUCUCCAGCUCCUCCUCAGCCUACUGUGGUGCCUUCUGCUUUGCAAACAACAGCUGUGACUUCUGCUUAUCCAAGGCCAGCAGUUCCACCAGUUUCUACACCAGGACAACCUCCUGCAGAGGGCACAUUCACAGAAAUCCCAGCCAGCAACAUCCGAAGAGUUAUUGCUAAGAGAUUAACAGAGUCUAAAACUACUAUACCUCAUGCAUAUGCUGCUGCUGACUGUGACAUUGAUGCUAUUUUGAAAUUAAGAAAAGAAUUGGCCAAAGAUGACAUUAAAGUAUCUGUGAAUGAUUUUAUUAUCAAGGCAACUGCAGUUACUCUGAAGCAAAUGCCAGAUGUGAAUGUAACCUGGGAUGGAGAAGUCUGCAGGCAGCUACAGUCCAUUGACAUUUCCGUUGCUGUAGCAACAGACCGAGGUCUCAUCACACCAAUCAUAAAAGAUGUUGCUGUCAAGGGAAUAAAGGAAAUUGCUGCUUCUGCAAAGGCUCUAGCAAAGAAAGCAAGAGAUGGAAAACUGUUACCAGAAGAGUACCAGGGAGGAUCUUUUAGUAUCUCCAAUCUGGGCAUGUUUGGCAUCAAUGAUUUCACUGCAGUCAUAAACCCUCCACAGGCCUGCAUCCUAGCUGUGGGCCGAGCAAGACCAGAGCUCAAGAUUGUGGAAGAUGAAGAAGGGAAUGAGCAACUUAAGCAGCAUCAGCUCAUAACAGUGACUCUUUCAAGUGAUGGUCGAGUGGUAGAUGGUGAACUGGCUUCAAAAUUUCUGGAGACCUUGAAAGCCAACAUAGAGAAUCCCAUACGACUAGCAUUGUGUUAAACUUGGUCUCUUGGCAUUCAGUUUCAUCUCUUUCAAGCAACCAAACUGUAAGAAGACAAAGAAAACAACUGACCAUAUAGCAGAAAAUUGAAGCACCUUUCAAUCAGCAGUCCUGGAUAUCUAGGGAGAUCCCAGUUGACUGGAGGUUUUCAAAUAUGGUGCCCAUCCACAAGAAGGGCUGAAAGAAGGAUUUGAGGAACUAGAAGCCUGUCAGUCCAAACUCAGUGAUGAGGAGGGUUGUGAAGUAGAUCAUCUUCAGUGCCAUCACAUGACACGUACAGCACAACCAAGUGUUUAAGCCUAGUUGGCAUGGGUUUAUGAAACUAAGGUUCUGCUUUACUAAUCUGAUCUCCCUCUAUGACAAGAUGACCAGUUAGUGGAUGAGCGAAAGGAUGUGGAUAAUCUGGACUUUUGCAAACCUUUUGACACCAUUUCCCACAGCAUUGUUCUGGAGAAACUGGCUGCUCAUGGCUUGAACAGCUGUACACUUUGAUAGGUAAAAAACUUGCUGGAUGGCCAAACCCAGAGAGUUGUGGUGAAUGGAGUUGAAUCCAGAUGACAGCUGGUCACAACAUACACAUUAGGUUUCUUGUCUUGAACUGAGAGCAUGACAAUACUAAACCAAUGCCUUUGAUCUCAAACACCAAGGCAAAUGAAUUGUUAUAAAAGGGCGUACUCUGGAUUUUUCCCAGCACUGAUCCAGGUGAUUAUUUGGAAUAAGAGUUAACAAAUAAUUAGCAUGAUUGCAAUUCAUACAAAUAGUUAUGUAAUUAAAUUGUCUAGAGAGGGAGUACUUGCUGGCAGAUUAGAUAGAAAGUUGCAGAAGGAGACCAUGCUGAAGAGGGUAAUGGAGUUUCCAAGAACAGCAACAUAUGCCAGAGAGUAGAGAUGAGCAUCAAGAAUGGAGGUGUGGUUCAACUGGCUGGCACUGUAGGAAGCAGAGCAAGCCUUUUGACUGGAAGAAGAUAUGAGCUGUCCCAUGACUUGCAGCAAAUCUAGCCUCUCUGUUUCGGGAACUGUUCAGUGAGGUCCUGAACAGAGCACUUACCUUCCAUCAUGGGGGUUUUUUCCACAGUAAAAGUUAACAUUUGCACAGUUGCUUUCCUUCCGGCCAUUGUGAGUAAAUAAUGCAAUGAGUCUUUGGCAUUUCUUAUGUAGACUCUACUGAGUGUACAUGUGAUCAUCGGAAUAAAGAUGGAGUUAUUCAGUGACUUGUCUGGUCUAGUUCAAGUAUCCAGCAAGGACAGUUGGUGCCUAGGAUGCCAGUCAGGUGCUUUUUCAGUUUGUGUUGAUUAAAAGUGCAUCCUUGACUACAAUGUACUUAAUUAAUUAAAACCAUUUCAGUUCCAUAGAAAAUAGCUCUGAUUCUGUUCAUCUCUUCUGCUCCAUAGAGUGGUGCCUCCAUGUGAGCAGUGUAGCCCACUGUUGUCACAUUGUAGAGCAUUACAAGGGGCUCCUUCGAUGAGGCUCAGAGGAAAACGGCAAGUUACUAAGUGCGGAUACCCAAUCUUGACUUUUUUUGCAGUUUUUCUUUUUUGGCUGGUGAUACACUUUUAGUGCUUUUGUGUAAUACAUUAGCCAUAAAUAUUGUAUUGGGUAAAAGCUAAAUUCCUCCAGGGGUCAGUGGAGAAAUUCCUGAGAUCCCUUAUCCUCUGAAUAGUGCCAUGAACCUAUAGUAUUAAUUCCAGAUAUUCAGGGACUGCUUCUGUGGGGAAAUGAUCAGGGAAACGUUUCCAAAGCAUUAUUCAAAAUCCCAGAAGAAUAAGGCCACAUCUUUACGCCUCAGACAUUCAAGAGAGAAAAGCACUUUUCUUUGCCAAUAUCAUUUGGAUAAAAUGUUUUAGAAAGUUAUAAGCAAUAAGGGUCUAUAGAGACUUUGUACGUGUGUGAUGUGAUGAGCAAGGACAGAAGAAAAUUCUUCAUCUUCUCUCAAUCUAAAGGAGUAUAUUUUACUUUCCACGCCACUCCAAGAUGUCUGCAGUAUGGAACAUCUUUCCACCACACGUGGAGGACAAACCCUCAAAGGUAGAUAUAUUACACACAAUUUUGCAUGGUUUAAGAAGCAAAGACUCUCCCAAGUGAGCACUUCUUGCAUCUGUUUUAACAAGUUAUAGACAACAAGCUAUAGACAACAAACCCAUGGUUUAUUUUCAUUUCCUUUCCAUUUCUAACAGCUACUGAACCAAACAGCAUCACAGGUUGAUGCCAAUGAUAAAUACUAGCAACCCAUCUAACCUGACUUUCCUCUACAAAAAAGAUACCAGCCCCAAUGGUCUUGGUCAGAAGUUGUUUUCUAUAGUGUAUUUUGCUGUGCAUUUGUAUAGUCACCAUGAGAAUCCUGUAUUUCAAUGAUUCUCUUCCAUUACCUUCUUCAGCAAUUUUAUUCAAUUCUGACAUUUCAAGGGGUUAAAUCUAUUAUCCGGACAUCAAUCUCCUGGCAGAUUCUUUGAUAAAAUUGAUAUUGCUCUGUAGAUGGAGGAAAUACAAAUCUGGAUUUUACACAGAAGACAAUCUUUUCAGGAUUAUUAGCAGCUAGGUGGGUACUUCAGAAGGAGAUAUUUUCUUUAUAAUAACAUAAAUACAUGUUAUUGUACAUCAUCCUUGAGGUAGCAUGAUUAAACUCCAGUGGGGUAUCAGUCACUCUUUUUGGAGCUUUAGAAAUUGUUGUAAAUUUCCAGGCUGCAUUUCCACAGUGUAUUGUUUAUAAUGAAUCUGCCAGAAUUUUAAACAGGCAUAUUCUUACAUUGUGAUGUUAAAAUAUUCUAUAGCACCUACUUCACAAAGCAAGAUCAUUUCAAUUUAUUGUAAAGUAAGUUCUGUUUUCUAAAAUGCAUCAAAGGGUAUGGAAAACUGUUUAAAAUUGCCUGCACUAGGAACAGAAGGCAGAAUGAUGAAGGAGGAAGGGAAUUGCUGCUGCCAGAGACUGAUUUGAGAGGUCCACUUAUUAACUUAUUUUGUCAACAUCUAACAGUGGAAGUGAUGUAGAAAAAGAAGUUUGGAAAAUGAAAGCUAUUUGUAACUGAAUACUGGCAUAGGUGUUAGACACAUCACUCAUAAGUUUUUGAGUUCAGUGUACUUCUCCACAUAACAGGAAUCAUAAUCUGUAGUACAACUUCCUCCUGGAUUUGGAAGAAACUUGCUUCUUCUUGUGACCUGAAUUUUCCAUAGUACUUCUUUAUCCCCAGCACAUAAUAGAAUAGAACAUUUACUACCCUUAAACUUUAAGAGGGUCAGGAUUUCUAUCUCUGACAUUUAGAUCCACUGCCAAAUCACAAAAGUAACCGUUAUCUUUAAAGCAGCACAUUCAAUUCUCCGUUAGUGAACAAGCUGAAGAAAAAACAGCAGUGUAUUAGAAAUGGAGUAAACACUGGUAUUUCUUCUUGAUAAAUGCUCUGUUGUACUUCGUAACAUAUAGGCCUUAUCUCUACUAUUUACUACAGUGAUACUGCAUCUCACUGAAUCAUUAGUUACAGUUUGUUUUUAAGAAAGGAAAGUGCUGCCAUUUCUCUUAGCAGCAGAAUUAUUACAAUAUGCCAAUAUGUUUGGCAGUAUGCUAGCAAUGUCCUGUUUCUAAGAAUGCAAAAGCAGAACGAUAGAAUCAUAGAGUAGUUUGGGUUGGAAGGGACCUCAAAGAUCAUCUGGUUCCAACCCAUCUGUAUGGGCAUGGACACGUCCCACUAAACCAGGCUGCCCAAGGUCGCAUCCAACCUGGCCUUGAACACCGCCAGGGAUGGGGUAUCCACAGCUUCCCUGGGCAACGUGUUACAGUGUCUCACCACUCUCACAGUGAAGACAUUCCUCCUUAUGUCUAGUCUAAAUCUUCCCUUCUCCAGUUUAUACCCGUUGCCCUUAGUCCUAUCGCUACAAGCCUUUGUAAAGAGUCCCUCUCCAGCUUUCUUGUAGGCCCCCUUCAGGUACUGGAAGGUUGCUAUAAGGUCUUGGAGCCUUCUCUUCUCCAGGCUGAACAAGCCCAACUCUCUCAGCCUGUCCUCGCAUGGGAGGUGCUCCAGCACCUUUGUAGCCUUUGUAGCCCUCACCUUUGUAGCCCUUCUCUGGACCCAUUCCAAGAGUUCCAUAUCCUUCUUAGGGUGAGGAUUCCAGAACUGGACACAAUUCUCUAGAUGAGGUCUCAUAAGAGGAGAAUAGAGGGUCAGAAUCACCUUCCUUGACCUGCUGCCACGCUAAUUUUGAUGCAACCCAGGAUAUGGUUUGCCUUCUGGGCUGAGAGCACACUGCCGGCUCAUGUUGAGCUUCUCAUCAAUCAGUACCCCCAAGUCCUUCUCCACAGGGCUGCUCUCAAGCACGUCGUCCCCCAUCCUGUACUGAAACUGUGAAUUGACUCACACAAACUUUUUUAGAAGCUACAUAAUAAACAAGAACACAACAGUAGUUUAAACAAUUUGUAGCCCUCACUCUCAGUAGCCUAGGGAAUAACAAAAUAUCCUGGAAAGUUUUAUUGAGUCAAAAGAAUACCUAUGAAACAAAAUGAAAUGUUACAUACCUUCACUGUGUUUAUAUGUUUUGAGAUUAUUGGGGCAGCCCCAGGAAAUUUAACUUUGAAAACCUUUUUAUUGCACACAGCCAUUGCUAAAUUGGUAUGGAUUUAGAGUGACAGUCCAUGCUAAAGUGAGGGUAACCCUUGAGAGAGGGUACACUAUGUCGCCAUGCAUAUUCAUACAUUGUAUUCAGUAUUUAUUCUCUGGUCAACAAUAUACAUUAUAUGAAGUAUUUAAAUUAAUUAAUUUGGUGGAAGGCACAGUUACUCUGUUACACAGAUUAAUGUAUUUUUUGGUGACAGCCACUUUAUAACAGCAGAUUCACUUGGUAGUCAUCUGGCUAACUAAACUGGGGAAGAAAUGUAGAUUUAGUUUUUGCAAUUUUAGUAGAACAUGCAAAUUUAUUAGUGUUCACAAAACUUGCUAGUGAGCUAUUAGGAAGACCAGGGUCUUCUGAGCAGUAUUUGCUUUCUUUUAUUCCAUCCCAAUGCUUUGUUUUUUCUUUCACCAUGUCCUUACUUUCAUCUCUCAAUCUUUCUUCUUUUUUUCCUUCCUCCUAAUUUUCCCCUUAGUGUGUCUCAUUUGUCUUUUUUUUUCUUUCUCUGUUCUCUGUUCUGUCUUCCUACACACACACUUCCACAGGUUCUAACAUUAUUCUGCUUUGUGUGCUUCUCAAUUUUACAUUCUCAUUUUCUUCUAUUUUCACUUCAUAAGUCUCUUUCCCAUUAUUAUUUUUGGCCUCAGCUUUACCAGUAGUCAAGUGCAGCCUUAUACAAAUUUAUAUAUGGUAUGAAAUAUUAGAGGAUGUGAAUGGAAGUGAUCUUUCAGUGGUAUCAACAAUAAGUAUCCAGGGCUCUUCAGCUAUUUAAAUAAUGAUAUCUUCUUUGUCCAAUUGUUUCCAAGGUUUAUUAGGUUUUUCAUACUUGAAUGUUAAUUUCAAAUCUCUUCCCAACUGAACAUCUGACUAAGAUUUUAACUAUGCCAUCCCAUCUGAAAAGAGAGGCAAAGUUCCCUCCCUCUGCACAGUACAAAUAGUAGCAUUGAAUAGUUUCCAAGCCAGUAUAAUAUACUACAGGGACUGACUUUUAAGACUGUGCGGGCAAGUCAGCAAAGAUAGUGACAGCAGAACAGAGGAAUAAGCAGAGAACUGGGAAAGAGCUGUAUAGUGAAUUGUGCCCAGGGGAAAUGUUCCAGGUUGACUAAUUGCUGCCAACCUCCCUAGAAAGCUUGCUGUACAGCUUUGUGUUGUUUCAAAGUUAUUGUGCUAUGUUACUGUGUGCCACUGAGAUCCAUCUUGGAGGCUUCUGCAGUUAGAAAAAAACAUACCAAAGCAACUCUCUCUCCUUUCCCCCAAACAGAUAUUUUCUUGCAUGCUAUUUAUUAGCAUGAAAAUAUCGUUUUGGAGAUUUCUUGGUAAAGCAGUGGGUGUGGAUUGCAACAGAGAAACCAUACAAUUUGAAAACACCCAAUACUACCACAAUCACAUAGUAGUAUCCAGUCACUGCUGUGAUCUCAAUAUAUAGGAACAUAUUAUGCUUUUGUUACACUCGUUAUUUUUACUUUUCUUUUAGAUUUGUUCAGGUAAAUACAGUUUGUCUAUACCAAGUUAAGAGCUACUGUUGGAGCUGUUGUAUAUAACUCCCUUUUUACAGUCUGACGAAGGUUCGGAUCUCCACUAGCCUGAGCCUGCACAGCUCCAUUGACUUCAUCUGGGAGCUUUCAGCCUAGACUUUUGUUCUAAUUACAUAUUCAUCAAUAUGUAGAAAAAGAUUCUGUUGAACAAUCAGUUUAAGCACCAUUCUUAUAAACUAGAGGUUCGUGCAGUUUUAUGCAUUAACUGGUCCAUCACAAGCCUAUCUGGUUUAUCACACCCAGAUACAGUUUGCAGCUACAUUAUUUUUUUCAUAGCAUUCUUUGGGCUUUGUGGUUAAUUUUUGAAAGGAAGCAGCGUGUUAAGUACUUCAUGUCUUUGAAUCAUUGAAAUUCAAGGCAUUGGGAAAGAGGUUCUCCCUAACCAGUUUUGCCUGAUGACCUAAUGGCAGCUGCUAUUAGAAAAAAUACUGUGUUUCCUUAGCCAGGAUGUCCCUUUAUUGGGUUCCUCUGCACUGCUUGAUAAUCUGAGCUGCUUCACGAGGAACCAUCAGUGUCUGAAUCUACUUUCCUGCAACUUGCAACAUCUGUUGUUUCUGGGAACAUGUUACAGACGCUGGUAUAGAGAUGCAUAAGCAACAUACUUAUUGCAAUAUAAAUAAAUGAUAGAUGUAUGACUUAACAGAAAUAAACUAUAAUAUUGAUUUAAAUAAUAGAAACAAUUCCAUGAUAUUAAAGAUGCUUACUUUUCCCAGGUAUGUUUUCUUAGAAAGGAAAUUAGGUUAGUAACCAAACCAGAUAAAAAUAAGAGGAGUGUAUCUUUGGAUGUGAGUUUCUCAUCUAUUUGUUCUAUUAAUGCUGAGAGAAGAUUUUUUUUUGUUAAAGAAUGGGUGAGAAUUGCUCAUAUGCAACUGAUGCGACAAUUGACUGUUUUUCAGAUAUGUGCUGGUAAUGAUCUAAUAUCACAAGUAUGCUUUGAAAAAAAUACUUGUAGAAGUGCAUCUACUUUACAGACCUUAUUGAUUUUUUCCCAUAGUUACUUGUCAGGAUGUACGUAGUCUAGAGCAGGAGGUCUUUUAUUUAAUGUACUAUUAUCCAACGCUACAAGUCAGAGCAGGGUUUUCCUUCAUUGUUUUUCUGUUGUUAAGGCGUAUGUUUAUAAAACUAGAUGUUUCAAAGGUUUUUCUUAAUUAUGGAUUUUCAAAUAAAAACAUGAUAAUGGCAAGGUCCUAAAAUCUGGACUUAUGUUCUCCUUCACUCAAGCCCAGUAGCAGGUGCAAGUCGAACAAGUUCUUUUGGCUUGUUGUGGGUGCAGCUGCUUUGAAAUUAGCCACAGUAAUCCUACAGCAAAUUGAGAUGUUUCCCUGUCAGAGUCGAUCAUGGAAGUUUGUGGUUAUUGUUUUAUGGUCUCUCCUUACCUUCUUUUCUGACACCUUUAUUUGGUUCCUGACAACUGGAUUCGUUUCUAGAACUACAAAGCUGUUCUCACUCAAAGUUUGUCUGUUUUCCCACGUCUAAUCCACAGGAGAUGUUUAGCAGACUUACACUGUGUUGCAACUCACUCAUGGUCUCAGUUAAAAGCCUAAUGGUCUGCUGGCAGGUCUUUAGACUGAUCUGCUGGCAGGUCUUUAGACUGAUCAAAAGCUGUGGGUGAUUUUCGCCUAUUUCACACUAGGCCAUUAUUCUAUUUUUUUUUCUGUGUCUUCCAAUCUCUGAACAGAGAGUUAAAUUAAGUUAUUUUUGUAGAGUCUUUUUCAGGGUAAGAAAAUAUUCAGGCACAGAAAGCUUAAGUCCACUGGCACAGGAGAUCCUGUCUCUUCUUUACAGUCCAACGAUUAGGGUGGGAGAUAACAAUUCACCUCUUCAUCCUGUUUUCAACAGUGUUGUACUAUAGAUAAGUUAAAGUAAAACUAGAGGUUGUAGUAAGGUGGGUGUUGGUCUCUUCUCCCAAGUAACUAGCUAUAGGAUGAGAGGAAAUGGCCUUAAGUUAAAUCAGGAGAGGUUUGGACCAGAUAUUAGGAAAAAACUCUUUACUGAAAGAGUAGUGAAACAUUGGAACAGGCUGUCCAGGGAACUGGUGGAGUCACCACCACUGGAGGUGUUAGAAAAAUGUGUAGAUGUGGCAGUUCGGGACAGGGUUUCGUAAGCAUGUUGGUAUUGGGCGGAUGGUUGUACUGAAUGAUCUUAGAGAUUUUUCCAACCUUAAAGAUUCUAUAAUUCUGUGAAUAAGACACAUGAGAAAUCUAUUCAAAGUUAUACACAGACAUAGGGAGGGGGUGAAAUUUUCCAGUGGCUACACCCUGGCCCAUGAGACUUAAUUAUCCAAAACAGUAUGAUAACUAAUGAAAUAUGUUUGCAUAACUAACUCCCCUGGUUAGUUCUGGGGAGGCAUGUGGCUUUCUUCCCACUUGAGGGAUUUUCUUGUCUAAUUCUCUUCCAAAGGUGAAUAACAUCAUAUUUCUCUAAAUGCAGCUGAAUGACAAAAAAUAGGUAACACAAAAUAGGUAAUCACUUGACAACACAAAGCUCUACUGGUCAGUUAAUGUGGAAUCUCUUUCAUAAAGCAAUUUUUGGAACCUUCUUUUCUGAUGUUUGUUUUGAUCAUCUGGUCACAUUUCUAAUGACUUCAUUGAAGAUUUUAAUUUUUUUUAAAGCAAAGGCCUCACCUUGGCGUGGCAUGAAAGCUAGGUAGGAAGGGAAUCUAAGUGAAACCAAUAAGUUUUGCUAUAAGCAAUGAAAGUUGAACAUUGAAAGUAGAACACUGAGGAACUAUCAUUCCUCUUUAUGCAUGUCACGUCUCCUUUGAAGGUAACUACUUGAAAUGCUGACUGCAGCUCAGUAUUAACGUGGACACAGAAGCAGACGUGAGUUAAUACUUCCACUGGCUUAGUGCCAUGCUGGACCAGCUGCAUUUAAACAAACAGAACUCUUAUCUUGAGAUGAGUUGAUUAUCACAGCCUUGAGCUGAGAUGCCCUGAAACCCUCAUGGUUUGUCCUUAAGGUAUGUCUUAGUCUAUGCUUUGAUCUGUUUUUUUAAUAGGCAUCUGUUUUGCUGUCUCACAUGAACUAGUGCUCUGUCUUUUCAAGAAAGGAAGGGCAAAAAACUUAUCACUGAAAGUAGAUGUGACCCUCCUGCAGUAAGUUUUGCAGACGGAAGUGAGGUCUCCUGCAAAAGAAAGGUGUAAAUAUGUUGUUUUCUUCCUUUCAGGCAUAGUACUUGGUGGGAGAAGGUAAAAGUGCUAUCUUCUAAACUAUUGAUGCCACUUUCUGCAAGUGUUCUAUUUUUAAGUGUAGUAUUAGAGAAGUUAACACUUGAAAGUGCCAAGGGAACUGUAGUACACUGGCUUCAUUAUCUAUCUUUCAGGGUGGAACAGUCUUGGCCAGAGGUAUGAUAUAUGCCCACGAAGAAAUUUGCAAUAUACUGUGUGUGAUAGUUCACAGCAAGUGAAACCAAGGAAAGUCUUGAAUUGUAUAGAGUUAGACAGAGAUAAUAUUAAAGUCUGUAUACAGGAGUUACCCACGUCACAAAGUUUUCAAUGGUUAUACUGGAUAGCUACAGUGCAUUUAAACAUUGUCCUGCUAUAGCAACAUGACUCAUUUGUUCUUUUAAAGACAAUUUGAUUACAUUAGGGGCAUCAUUUUUGGAAAUCUGAUCACUUACACUGGGUCAGUUAAUUAUGUUUUCUUUUCCAAACGUGCCUAGUUAUCUUCUGAGUAAGCUUGGAGAAUGUGAGUCUGAAGGAGUAUUGGUGGGGUCUGUCUGUUUAUAGGUAGAAAAUACCCUGAAAAAAUACAUGGCUAGUAUGUCAUGCCAGCAAACUGGUAAAUAUUUUUUCUGAUAGUAAACUGAAGAAUGUAGACUAUUGAAGAGAUAACUCCUUUUUCUCAUAUGUCUUCCAAUUGUUUGGGCUUACAAAAAUACUUCUUAAGUUGGUACAAAAUAGCUCCGUAAACAAAGCCCGAGUACUCCUUUGUGUUAUACAAAUUAUACCUUAUGAAAAAGCAGCUUUGUAUCACAAUUAAUGAAUCAUAAGUAUUAAGAUUUUAGAGGACUUUAAAUGUCAAUAUCUUUAAAAAAUAUGGGGUUGUCUACUGUCAUAUCUAUUUCAAAAUUAUUUUUGUUUAGACAAGCUACUUUCACUGAUUUUUUGGAAACUUCUAAACUAGAGAUUUUUACUUAAGGUGAUGAGGAGAAAUCAGGACUUAUAUUCAUGGAUAAUUUUAUUGGAAAAGUUUAUAAUAGAAUGGUGUGUCUGUGUGACAGCAUAUUGAUGUGUGUGCUACUUAAUAGAGAAGCCAGAAUUUCUUGUUUAUGAAACAUUAAGUCUGCAGUAAUCAUCUGUUAUGAACCAGAAGGAAAAAAACCACUGAGUAAACUGAAAAAAAUCCUGCCUGCAUACAGUCCAUAUGAUUUGUGUGUAAAUGGACAGUGAUAUAUCCUUGUUACUUGAAAAUAUGAAAAUUAGAAAGAGGCAGAGCUAGGUUUAAAACAAUUAAAGUUUUUCUUAAAAUGGCUGCAAGGAUAACAUAGGCAUUAGAUUUUAAAUACUGUUGUGGCUUUGUUGUUUCCUUGACACAAUUAUUCUGCCAGAAAAAAAAAUAUCUGUUUACUACAGUCAUGGUAUGCUCAAGAAUAAUACAGGCAGUGAUUGUUUUAGAUCAAUUUCUGGUAAAUCUCAGCUUAAGUACUUGUGAAAUAGCUCUUGACUGUCUUGAGAGUGAGAGUUACUGGGUAGAAGCCAAAUAGCAUGGAUUUCCCAGGCUUGGUGCUUGUUAAUUUAGGAAUACAGAAUUCCUUCAUUAAAUUGCUUAAAAACAUCUCCUCCUCUCUGUUCUGGAAAACCAGAUUACAAAAGCUUGAAGGCUAGCAGACCACUGCUGUCUUUACACGUAGUCUGCUUUGCUGCCAGUCCUGUAAACAUUCCUGUAACAUGAGUCAAGAGUUAAAAAGUAGAAGGUAGGCUCAGCAUUACAGCAGGCAGAAGCAGCCAAAUUAAUAGCUUCUGAGUUAUUAAUUCUACUUUUAUGGGAUCACUAUAACCAAUUUGUAUGAAAUAGCAAGCCUCAGCUCACUGGGUUACCUAUAGUUUUACUUUCCUUCUUGCAAAGUCGGCUCUUGCUGCAGCCAAUGGAAGCAUUCUGGGCCUUGGAUUAAUCAUAAAGUAUUCAUAGAUAUUGAAAUUAAAUUAUUCAGGAGACACUGACAUAGAGACUUUCAGUCUUUAAAGUUCUUUGCCUAUUCUAAGACACUUCCACAUUUUCAUUAACACUGCUCUCUGUUUUCUUUAAGGCAAAAUGAGACAAACCAAACACCUGUGCAAAUGAGAAUACAAAUUGCAACAGCACACAGUUACAUGGUAUAUACCUGGUAUUACACUGCAGGUAUUUCAAGAUUAAAAAUACUGACAUAGAGGUCCUAAUUAACAUAUGUACACUGUUUUGU